AUGGCCUCCCAACUUGACAAUCCCAAAACCUGGGCCACCGGAGCAGACGCACCCACCGAGAAACAGACCUCAUUCCUCCAAACCCUCGCCAAAGAGAAAGGCGUAGAAGUCGAUGCCAACAACCUCAACAAGGGCGAAGCAAGCGCGAAGAUCAACGAGCUCAAGAACAAGGAAACAGCCGACCCUGACGCCACUGCCGAUGAGCCAAUACAGGAUCCUAAAGAGUGGGCGACUGGGGAUGAUCCGGCGACGGGGAAGCAGACAGGGUACAUUGCGGUCAUGGCGAAGGAAGCAGGGGAAGAUGUGAAAACGGAAGGUAUGGGAAAGGCGGAGGCGAGUGAGAAGAUUGGAGAACUCAAGAAGAAGACGGGGAUGUAA